AUGGCCUGGAACCCCCUCCUCCUCAGCCUCCUGGCUCUCUGCACAGGUUCUGUGGCCUCCUAUGUGCUGACUCAGUCACCCUCAGUGUCAGUGACCCUGGGACAGACGGCCAGCAUCACCUGUAGGGGAAACAGCAUUGGAAGGAAAGAUGUUCAUUGGCACCAGCAGAAGCCGGGCCAAGCCCCCCUGCAGAUUAUCUAUAAUGAUAACAGCCGGCCCUCAGGGAUCCCUGAGCGAUUCUCUGGGACCAACUCAGGGAGCACGGCCACCCUGUCCAUCAGUGAGGCCCAAACCAACAAUGCGGCUGACUAUUACUGCCAGGUGUGGGAAAGUAGCGCUGAUGCUCACACUAUGUGUGGUGUGUUCGGCGGAGGCACCCAUCUGACCGUCCUCGGUCAGCCCAAGGCCUCCCCCUCGGUCACACUCUUCCCGCCCUCCUCUGAGGAGCUCGGCGCCAACAAGGCCACCCUGGUGUGCCUCAUCAGCGACUUCUACCCCAGCGGCGUGACGGUGGCCUGGAAGGCAGACGGCAGCCCCGUCACCCAGGGCGUGGAGACCACCAAGCCCUCCAAGCAGAGCAACAACAAGUACGCGGCCAGCAGCUACCUGAGCCUGACGCCUGACAAGUGGAAAUCCCACAGCAGCUUCAGCUGCCUGGUCACGCACGAGGGGAGCACCGUGGAGAAGAAGGUGGCCCCCGCAGAGUGCUCUUAGGUUCCCCAUGCCCCCCGCCCACCUAAGGGGGCCCGGAGCCUCAGGACCUCCAGGAGGAUCUUGCCUCCCAUCUGGGUCAUCCCGCCCUUCUCCCCGCACCCAGGCAGCACUCAAUAAAGUGUCCUUCCUUCAAUCAGA